AGCUUCUACAAAUCAAGAGUGAAUCCCAGCUGGAUUUAUUUCUUCCAUCAGUAUAGCCCUGCAAGCCUCUGUGGUAUCAAACCCAAGGCUCUGAAAUAAUCACGCCCUCUGCAAAAAAACAAACAAACCAAAAGACAAAAAAAAAAACCCAGCAGAAAGAGGGGUCAGGAAGUGACUUCAGACCAUCUCUACAGUCAGUUUGCAGCAGGUGUCACGUGCCAUUUCUUCCCCAAGACCUCCACAGGACUACUUCAGCUUUACUUUUUCUAAAACAGUUCCUGAAUUUCAGAAAUAAUGAAAGGUGCAAAAACUCUUUGGGUGUUUCUCCUGCUCAACCACCUGCCACUCUGUCCUGUCGGUGCUGACGCAGUCCUUUCAACAACUCAAAUAUAUUCACAAGACCAAAGCAGCAGCCCCACACUUGCUGAGAAUACUACCCUCAGAACAAGUGAAGACAAAAACUCCAUCAAUGGCACUCGUGGCGACUGCUUGGUUGACACUGAGAUGGGUCUGAUUGCUAUAAGUUCAGCUGGAGGUCUCAUUGUGUGCUUGCUGGCUGCUACUGUGGUACUGGCAUGCCAGGUCUGCAGCCUGCAGCGCCAGGUUUAUGGCCCUCAAACCUCACGGUCCAACAUGGACUUAGUAAGCAGUACAGGCUACUGGGGCACAGACCAACCAGAGAUUGCAGGCCUGGUUGGACCAUAUGAUGGCAGUGUCAUGCUUGAGGAGGUGAAAGAAGACAAGACGGAGGAAGAGAGGGAGGCUGAACUAAAAGGGACAAUGGACGACGAUGGGGCAGGACUUAAUGAAGGGGCAAUGGCAAUAGCUUUUGAUCCUGAGGACAAUCAAAGUCAUAUGGACAGCUCCAACUUCAAGGACUCCUGUUUGGAGAUUCCCAGGGAUUUAGAAGACAUGCCCCUUGUUGUGUAAGGAGGUAACCCCACUUCAGUAAAUCCAGUCACAUACACAACUAAUAAGUUUAGCUGAUUCAUCAUAUUUUAACUUGGCUUGUUUCAAUCAUAUCCUUUCCAACAGAGAUGCACCAAUUGUUAAAUUAUAGCCAAAUAUAAAAUAAAAUAAAAUAAUUACAUUAAUGGAAAUCUUUUUUUGGACAGAAACAAUAACUUUGAAAGUCUUUCAAAUGCAUUUAUGAAACGGACACAAGGAAAGAAAAAGAGCUAUAAUAGAGUGGUGACUGUUUUCUUAUUUGCUGAAGGCAGUCAACAAGGUGAGAAAUUUGGUUAAUAAACUGAUAAUUUUGUUGUUGCAUUACUAUUUCUGUUUAUUUUCUUCUUGUUAAAUGUAGGGCAUCAUAUACAGUUUACUACAUUAGUGCUGACAGAAUAAAGAGCUUUGGGUGCACACACCGAAAAGCAUAGUUUUUGCUUAGAUAAGAAUAUCUCUAACAUGUUACAUAGUUCUAUAUCUCAUAGUAAAUCUUUAAAGCCUGGUACUGAGUGUUCAAUUAAAACAGAAAGAAAGAGCGAAAGAAAGCAUAACUUUUAAAUACAUAACAUAGCACGUCCAUAUUUGUUGUGUGCAUGAUUUGCAUCAGUACAUAACAUAACAUAACUUACAUAAUGAACAAAAAGCAGAUUAACAAAAAGAAGGUCAACAUACAUUCACUUUUAAAGAGAUCCUGGGCUAAAUUGAUAGUAGAAAUGCUGGAAACUGAACUUUGAUUCUGUUUCAGCUAUGUCUAAUCUUUUAAAUGAAUUUUCAACAAUUUAAUUAUUGGUUAUAACUUAAAUACUUGUAAUAUUUGCCAGUUUUUAAAUAAAUUGAUCUUUGUAUUGUGUCAGUGUUUCAUGAGUCAAAUCAAUAUUUGUCAAUUAUGAGCCCUAUACACACAGAGUUGUGGUCAAAAGUUUCCAUACACUCGUCAUGGUAAUUUUGAGCUUUAAAUGAUUUCUUUCCGUUGUCAUUUUUCCCUGACCGAUUGAGUGUCAUCAAUAUACCUUCAAGGACUAAAAAAGAAAAAAACAACAACAACAACAACAACUACAACACACAUACACACAAGCAAGAAUUGGAUGUACAAGUUUGAAUUUAUUUUGGCUUUUCCAUAAUCAUACAUAACCAAAAAUAUGCACACAAGUUCAAAUAUAUACAUACACCCCCCACUAAUAUUUGGCUACAUGUUCCUUAGUUGCACCUAGACCAGAUGCUUUUGGUAGCCAUUAACAAGUGACAAUUUGGGUGUUUUUCAAGAGCUUGGCAAAGUGGUGACACAUCCAAAUAACUUUUGUAAAACAGUUUCAACAGACUUCAACUUCUUGAAAUCUGCACAUGCGUAGAAAGGCUCCAAGAGAUCUUACCACCUUUGGAAAAUCAAUAGUUUCUUGGACUCAGAGUAUUGGUCAAUCAAAUACGUACUAUCAAGCUAUUUCUUUUAUGCUGAAAAAUAAAAACUACAAUGUCUUGUUAAAAGACACCACUUUGAGCUUAUAUAUAUACUUUUGACCCUGUGUGGAGUAGAGAAAAUCCAAAAUGUAUUUGUGUAUUUGCAAUUCUUAUCCUUAAAAUAUUUAAAGAUAUAUACUAUAUAAUCAUUCGACAACAGAACAGGCCACAACAGUUUGACUACUUAUAGAACUGUUAUUCUGCUUGAUUAAAUAACAUGGACAAGCCACACACCAGUCAGUAACCAAAACAAAAAACAAAAAAA